ACCUAAGGAUAGGAAAGUCAGGAUCAUGGAAAUAACCUCGGCCUGUUUCCACCCAGCGAUCGAUGGCUGCCGGCGGUCCGGAUGUGGAGGAGGAGGAGAGUCUGUCCCACAUUCAGAGACCUGGUGGUCCACAGAGAGGCAGCAGGACCCACAUCCAGCAGACGACAUGAAGCUUUGGAUUCUGUUUGUGGCCGUUUGGCUUCAGCUGGAGGCUGCUGUUGCUGCAGGCCCGUUGAAGGUGGACGGGUCUCAGGACGGCGGCGGCGACACCAUCAGUCACUCCCUGAUCCUGGUGCAGCGUCUGGAGGCUCUACUGGCUCAAGGCAACGGCAGCGACGUCUCUCUGAGGGUGGAAACGCCCAACGCCGACGAGGUGAAGGUGAUCCAAGUCCACUCGCUGGUCCUGUCUCUGCAGAGCUCCGUGUUCGAGGAGAUGCUGCUGAACCGCAACAGCAGCGUGAUGGUGCUGAGAGAAAACUCAGACUGCGCCGCCGUGUUCGACCGCUUCAUCAGGUAUCUGUACUGUGGAGAGAUUUCCCUGCGUCUGGAUCAGGCCAUUCCUCUGCAUAAACUGGCCACUAAGUACCAGGUUCUGGGCCUUCAGCAGGGCAUCACUCAGUACAUGACCCAGAACCUCGCCAGGGACUCCCCGUCAGGCCACGUGGCCGGCUGGUAUGAAUAUGCCAUGCAGGCCGGUGACAUGACGCUGAGGGAAAGCUGCCUGCAGUUCAUGGCCUGGAACCUUUCUUCGGUUCUGCAGAGCGGUGAGUGGGUCGGUAUCAGCAGCCAGCUGCUCAUGUCACUGCUGCAAAGGUCCGAUCUCAUCCUGCAGAGCGAAGCCGAGCUGUUCGCCGCCCUGGAGGCCUGGAUCCUCCAGAACGAGCCGGACGGCCUGACGGCAGAGAACGCUUUGAGGGCGGUUCGUUACGCCAUGAUGACGCCUCGGGAGCUGUUCCGGCUGCAGACCCAGUCCUCGGUUUUGGCUCGGUACCAGGAGUCGGUACGUGACCUGCUCUACAUGUCCUACCAGUUCCACUCCGCCUCGCCGCUGCAGAUGGCCAAAUACUUCGACGUCAACUGCAGCCUCUUCAUGCCGAGAAACUACCUGUCGCCGAUGUGGGGCUCACCCUGGAUCAUCAACAACCCAACUCGGGACGACCGCAGCACCAGCUUCCAGACGCAGCUCGGACCCAGCAGCCAUGACGCCAGCAAGCGGGUCACCUGGAAUGCCCUCUUCUCGCCCCGCUGGCUGCCGCUCAGCAUGAGGCCCAUGUACACCGAGACCGGCGCCAUGCAGCCGACCCGGGUGGAGGGAGGCCGGCCACGCAUCAUCAUCACGCCGGCCACGACCAGCGCCGACUUUGCCGGGGUGAACUUCCAGAAGACGGUGCUGGUGAUGGCGCAGCAGCAGGGGAAGGUAGUGGUGAAGCACAUCUACAACUUUCACCAGAGCACCGAGGAGAACGGAGACUUCCUGGCUGAUGCCGACUUGUACCGCCGGACGUCCGAGUACCUGCUGGACAGCUCGCUGCUGCUCCACGUGGUGGUGAAGCCGCUGUACCAAACCCUGAUCAGCACCAAGAACUGACCAGGUGGAACACGCCACAUUAGCCCCCCGGCCAAAGCAUACUUUGGCCGGGGGGCUAAUAUGGCCUGUUGCACUGGAUCAUAUCCCAUCAUGGGGUCGCGGACGUGAAUUCUGUGUGAUGUUCGGAUCAUUUGUCUCGUCUCCGUGGUAACGAAUAACCAGAGUUUUAUUCAUGACGGUGAAAAAUCAAGAAAUGGACAGUGGCGCCUGUUUUUCUUAUUGUCAAUAAAUCCUGCACCAAAUCUGGAUUAACCCUUUGAAGGGCACUCAUUGAAAUACUUUGAAAUUCAAGUUUCAACCAUAGAGUGUUAUUGGAGGACAAAAGACUUUUUAACUCGCGACAUUUUUCAAAAUUUGAAAUUUUCAUGUUCAAAUUCAAGGUCAAUGAAGGUUCCUAAAAAAAAAAAAAAAAAACAUUCCAAGAAAUGGAACCCUCAACCAUAAAAUAUGUGAGUUUCGUCAACUAACCAUGGUUAGUUUUGACGUUUCGACCACUAAUAUGGAAGAGGACCGAGCCGCAAGUCUGUCUUUUACCAACUUCAGAGAAAAGAGAAAGUUUGAGACAUUCCAAUCCUCUGGUGAUUGGUCAACUGCCACGACGUAGUGUGCUGUAACGUAGAGGGAUCUUCGCUGAUUGGCUGGCUGAAAACCACGUGCUUCUUGACCUCACUGAGAGGCGGAAGUUACCAAAUAUGGUCACUUGCAUGAUGAAGGGCCACAGAAAAUAGUCCCGAACAGAUUCACUGUUUCCUCCAGCUUAAUUAACUUUAGCUAAAAACUCGACAGCUCAGCUGUUUGAGCUUAGGUUUUGGAUUAUGGUUGGGGUUUGGGUUAAGGUUAAGGUUAGGGUUAGGCUUGGAGUCAGGGUUAGAGUUGGGGUCAGGGUUAGGGUUGGGGUUUGGUUGGAGUUAGGUUUGGGGGUUAGGUCUCUUCAUGGGAUUUACUGACAAUAAGAAAAGUCUAGAUUAUCACCAGCGUUGUUCUUCUUGUUCUUUGUGCUCGAGGUUUUGUUCCUUCCACAGUUUCUUUGCUUUGUUCUCAAAUAUUGGUGCUAUUUUGCCACAUUUACACUUCAGGGGUUGCAGCUGUCUUUCAUCACCCAGUGAGCGCUGAUUGGAAGGUUUAAUAAAAAACGGUUUUUAGUGAUAAUAUUUAAAACAUGGUCAUGUAAAUAUGCAGUUAUGUGUAAUUUGCCUAAAGCCACGUUUUUCAUCAAUAAAUCAUCAAAUCAAAGCUCGCUGGGCACCAAAUGUUCAUCCGACUGAACUUUUUACAUUUAUCUUGUGCUUUAAUGUCAUUAUUUAUAUACAAAAGCAGAUUUUCAGUGUCCACAAUGUCGUAGAAACAACCGUUAGCUCAUUCAUUCAUGUGAUUGUUGUUCUUACCUGAUCAAUGUUAGCUGAAAAUAAAAGAUUUUUACUGAAGUUUAAACAAUAAA